AUGUUCGUCGUAACAGACUAUUUGAUAGACUUGUACAUUACAGUACGUCUGGCACAAAUACUUGGAGGCGCCAAUCGUAAAUAUAGGCGCUCUGUAUCAGUUCCAAGAGAUUCCAAACGAACUUUAUUUACUGCUGUUCUCUGGUGGAAUUUUUUAAGAGUUUUCGUUGCGACAUUGGUAGACUCUCUUGCAUUAUAUACUGUGACAACAGCAAAUUUUGAUCCAGUUCUUUUUAAUACUCUACAAGCAAUCACUUGCAUUGCCAUGUCAUACGUAUUGACGUUUGAUGCUGAUAUAGUGAGAACAAUUCAAGGAAAGACGACAACGUAUGGCGGUCACCACGAUCGUGAAACGGGUAGCAGAGUUGGACAUACAAGUGUUUCAGAAGUAACGGUGAUAAAUGAAACGCAGCCUGAGAUCUUGCAGGGCAGAAUAAAAGAUGAGGACUUGGAGAGGAAUGAAAACAAAACCCAUGUUGGCUCUGGUGCAUGGUUACCAAGAGGAGGUUCCAUAGUAUCUGAACAUUAA